AUGUAAAAGUCGCUCUGUAAACAGACUAGCGAACGAGGUUUGCCACACCUGCCCAUACACAUGUGUUUAAUUUAUCCCCUCCUUACAGUGCCUCUUGGAUAGUAGCAACUGUCGGCCUGUCGGGAGAGUAAAAAACCUGAGUGGAAUGUGCGCUCGUGGAAGAUUUCGCUGUUGCUGAGGUGCUGACGCAGAAGACGGCAUGAGUGGUCAAGGUCCUGCUUCUUCAGCCAGUGAUGGCAUUACUCCACUCCAACAGAUGGCGGCGUCCUGCUCCGGAGCCAUCCUCACCUCUUUGUUUGGGGCAUUCUGAAUCAGUUUCAACAAAACCUGAACACUACAACCUUCAUGAAGUCACACCUUUGGAUGUUGUGAAGAUCAGACUGCAAGCACAGAGAAAUCCCUUCCCCAAAGGGAAAUGCUUCGUCUACUGCAAUGGACUGAUGGACCACAUAUGUGUGUGUGAGAACGGUAACUCAAAGGCCUGGUACAAAGCCCCCGGUCACUUCAAUGGCACACUGGACGCCUUUGUCAAGAUCGUGCGCGGUGAAGGAAUAAAGGCUUUAUGGAGUGGUCUGCCUCCAACCCUCGUGAUGGCAGUCCCAGCUACAGUGAUCUACUUCACAUGCUACGACCAGCUGUGUGCAGCGCUGAGCGUCAGGCUGGGAGACCACGCUCAGGAGGCUCCCCUCAUGGCCGGAGCUUUAGCUAGAGUGGGUUCAGUGACAGUGAUCAGUCCUCUGGAGCUGAUCCGUACGAAGUUGCAGUCUCAGAAGCAGUCGUACAGGGAGCUGACUGACUGCAUCCGCUCUGCAGUGCAGUCAGAAGGCUGGCAGUCUCUGUGGCGGGGUUUGGGGCCCACGCUCUUACGAGACGUACCCUUCUCAGCCAUGUACUGGUACAACUAUGAGAGGACCAAGAGCUGGCUGUGUGAACGGUAUAACACCAGAAAACCCACAUUUACCAUUACCUUCAUAUCUGGAGCGAUAUCUGGCUCUUUUGCGUCCAUUGUAACGUUGCCUUUUGAUGUUGUCAAAACGAGAAGGCAGGUGGAGAUGGGAGAGCUACAAGCAAAGAAUUUGUCCAGUCAGGUCUCGUCCUCCACCUUCAGUGUCAUGCGCAGGAUUGUGGCACAGGACGGCUUUGGUGGACUGUUUGCAGGUUACCUCCCCAGGCUGAUCAAAGUGGCCCCGGCCUGUGCCAUUAUGAUCAGCACUUACGAGUUUGGAAAGGCCUUUUUCCGCGAACACAACCAGGAGAGGAUACUCGGGCCGCUGACUACCAGCAACACCUGAUAGAUUUCCUGUCAUUUCUCUCCAAACCAAACCCCACAGCUGUUACUGCAGGACUACACCUGGAAGAAAAAGGCUUGUGUUGCCAAAUUAAAAACACAAACACACAUGGAAGUGAAAAAGACCAAAUACUGCAUUACAAAGUAUUAUAGAUAAUCAAAAUGUAUGUUAAAUGCUCUUUAGUGUUAUUUAAAUGAUGUAUCAUGUGCGCACAGCUGAAAAGAAACCAGAUCACAUGCUUUUGGAUAAAUUCAUCAGCCAUCAGAUGGCAGCCACAGUUUUAUUAGUAAAGUGUAAUUUUCCAGGUCCCACAUGUGGUUGUCUCACUGGGAUCAUGUGCAUUGUGCCUGAAGUCCUUACAUUAGAGAUGUAAGAUUAAUGUCUAUUUUAUUCCUCUGUGUGGCGCUCUGAGUCAGUUUAUCCUCUCGACAAUGAGAUAUUUUUGUACUUCCGAUUCCCUGUAAAUGUGUGUCUGACACGAGACUGUGGAAGAAGACUGUGACUAAAUUCUAUGAAAAUGUGACGUCUCAAAUGUUCAAUACACAAACCUGACUUUCUGUGGAAAUUCCUGUCAUUCACUGACUUUAUACAAGCUUUAUCGCCACACCUGUUCAUUGUCUGGAAAGAAAGGUAACUUUAGGUUACUUUAUCUUUAUCUCUUAUUCUCAAAAUAUCUGUUAAAAGAUAACAGACAUCAUUAUUCAGUUUUAGGAAUUAUCCCUUUGUGGUAACUAGCCAUCGAAAUACUGAAUAAUUAAAGGGAAUAAUAACAAUAGUCAGUCUGAGAAAGCUGACCUUUAAAGUAAACCCAGGACUGAAGGGUGAAUAUUACUCAUAGUGAUCAUUACCUGAGAACAAAACCAUGUGAUAAUGAUCUCCUAAAAAAGUGCAAGAAAAUUGGCACCUAAGAACAAUAUGUGAGAGGAAAUUCUGAAAGAAGAAAGAAAAAAAAAUAUUAGAAUUCAACAGCACAGAAGAUAAUAAAGGCCCCUCUUAACUGCAGGAAAUGAUUUGCAGUGAUAAGAGACUAAACACUGAGGCUUUAAGCAGUUUGUGUUGCCUCCUAAACUGAUCUGCAGUCAGCAUUUUUAGCAUGCUAUGAUCUCCUGGGAAACCUUUGACAGGGGUGAAAACACUUACUCAUCACUGUCUCGUCAGUACUGCAAAGCGACAUGGCAAUUCUUAGAUCAACCUUCUAUUCAUUUAUUUCUAAGAAAGGAAAAAAAAAAACUGAGGCUCCACAGAUAAAAACACCAACGAAACAAAAUAAUUUAAACACACAUUGAUGAAGUUAACAACUGAUCCUCUAUAAAGAGCUGAAUGGUUCGUGAAUAAGACAUUAUUCAGCCUGAUGGAGCUCAGUUUUAACACAAUUCAAAGUAUGUGCUGCACCUGAUUCUCAACUCACAAACCUGCCUCCCAUCUGUUAAAGCUCCACAUAUAGAGCAUAAACAUCUACAAAUCAAUAUCACUUACAUUUAGAAAGUUCCUGGAUUGUCUGGCCCCUUUUUUUAGCUCCUUAUUCCCUACGAAGGAGUGAUGCCUGGGCUGCUGACCUCUGUUGCAGGACUGGCCAAACACUCGCUGGACUUCAGACUGGCCAGAGACUUGUAGCUGGCGGCCGAGGUCAGGGAGCCACACAGACCUCUUAGAGACGGAGUUUCCUCUUUACCUGAACGACAGAGUGCACGUGAUUCAGAGUGGAGACCCUCCUGGUCGACAGUGCUUUCGUACCUUGGCGGGGCCAGUGUGCGCCGGCCGGCCUGGCCUCCAGACUCAGUGUGUGUGACGGUCUGAGAGACAUCUGGGAGAGGCUCAUGUCUGCCGA